AUGGUGAAAUAUGUUUUAGCGCCAGAACCAGUGCGAAAGGUAGAGAAGCCGGUGCCACCGCCGCCCCCGCCCCCACCGCCGCCUCCCGAGCCGCCCAAGCCUGCGCCGAUUGCCAUCCCGGCCAAAAGUGAUACCUUAAAAUCGACGAAGUCAAUGAUGAGCACCAGCUCGCUGCACGAGGAACUGAAAGCCGUACUGCCUCAGAUCCAGCAACGAAGGCUCGACUUUAAGAAGACACCUGAUAUUUUUAUACAUCAGAAAUCAAACCCUGAUGAAGUGGUCGCGUGGCUGGAAGCGAAGGGAUUCAGUGCAAAUGCUCAAAAACAGAUGCGUCUAUCAGGACACCAGCUAUUUGCUCUCUCCCGGAGUCAGUUCGAGCGCGUGCUCGGCUCUGACGAAGGCAAACGGCUUUACAGCCAAGUGCUAGUGCAAAGGAAUGUCUCAGGGUACAAGACGACAUCCGCCUCGGAGCUGCAGAGCAUCCUGCGCAAGGUGCGCGAGAAGGUGGAGGUGUCG